AUGGGUGAUAAUACUCCACAUUUGUCCUUCGAUGUCCUUAGUGACACAAGACCAGACGAUAACUCUCUCCCAGCCUUUAUGGUAUCUACCACUCGUGGUUUUCUUCCACGUACGGAGCCAGUCAUCACGCUGCCGGAGGAGUUCAACGCUUUGGAGUCCAUCCUCAACCGCAUGCCUAUUCAGAAAGCUGAUGGCACUCCUGGGCUGCUCGCCCACGGCCAGCUGGGAGAAACUGUCUUGAUGGAGCUACCUGAUCUCACCGAUGCUGUGGUCAAGUACGCUGACAACCUGCCUCUGCAAAAUGCGCUUUAUCGCGAUUAUGCGUUUCUCGCAUCCGCAUACCUCCUCGAACCAUGUCAUGCUCGACAUCUAUUGAAAGCAAAUGACUAUGGACUUGGUCGGCAGUCACUACCUGUCAUGAUAUCCCGUCCAAUAUUCAAGUGUGCUGAGUAUGCUGGUUUCAAGCCUUUCAUGGAAUAUGCUGGGUCAUACGCGCUUUACAACUACCGACUGGUAGAUCCAAGCAAGGGACUUGAAUAUGACAAUCUCAGGCUUAUUCGUGCUUUCGAACGUGGUCUUGACCCAAAGUCAUCCGAAGCUGGAUUUGUACAGGUACACAUUGAUAUGGUUCAGAACUCUGGACCUUUGGUUGAAGGUGUGGUCAACGCUCUCGAUGGUUGCGCUGCCAGCGACCGUGAAACCUUCAAUGAUGGCCUGCGAAAGGUUAUCACAAGUAUGACCAAGAUCAACAAGGUCAUGGAGACUAUGUGGGGAAAGAGUAAGCCAAAUGACUAUGAUAUGUUCCGUACCUUCAUAUUUGGCAUCCAGAAGCAGACCAUGUUUCCACACGGGGUCAUAUAUGAAGGAGUAUCAGAGACACCUCUUGAGUUUCGUGGAGAGUCUGGUGCUAAUGACAGCAUGAUUCCACUGUGUGACAAUCUUCUUCAGAUUUCCAUGCCCGAGACUCCUCUUACUGAGAUUCUACAAGACUUCAGAAGCUAUCGUCCUGGAAACCACCGUGCGUUUCUCGAAUAUGUUAAGGCAAGGUCUAACCAGCUCUCACUCCGGUCAUACGCGCUUCAGGAUUCGACUUCAUCUGCCCUGUACAUUCUUGCAAUGAACCAAGUCCGUGACUUCAGAUGGCGACAUUGGUGUUUCACUCGUGAGUAUAUCCUCAAGCGAUCGAGUCAUCCAACGGCGACAGGAGGAUCCCCAAUAGUAACCUGGCUUCCCAACCAGUUGCAAGCUGUGUUGAGAGGGAUGACAGACAUUUACGAGACGAACGGAGGCGGAGAGUCGCUUGGUAAGGAGGUUGCGGAGGUCAUGGAGGCUACCUACACACAACGUGACACGUUGACUAAGGAGGUAGACAAGUAUUGCAAGGAGCGCAAUGUUGCUGCCAAGUCAUAG